CUUGCCUAUUAUGAGUUUCGUCCUCAAAGAAAUCCCACUGAUGCCGUUUAAUCUGAGUAAAAGAUAUAUCGGGGCCAGAAUAGAAAGCUUUUAAUUUGAUCCCGGGUUAAUUCAUGGUUUUGUUGGCGGCAAGAGCAAGUGCUGCUCCGGAGGUUCGACUGUCAAAGGCGAUAAAUCAGAUGGUUGUUUAAUGAGUCUCGCAGUCGAGCCCGGUGAUAAAUUUGUGGAAUAAGUAGAGAGACCGCGCUGAACAAUGACGUACUGUCUGGUGUGUGUGUGUAAUGUCAUUACUAAAAGAAGACAUCCGGAGAGCUCAGAAGCAGCAGAAUCUGCAGUAUAUGAACGCCAAGAGUCUCCACUGGAACACAAUGAUAUAGAGUCAAGCGUUGCUCUUUUGCACUUCUAAUAACUUUCGGGAGCAAAGUAAGUAUUUCUGGAAGGCUUUCUUCAUUCUUUAAAAAUGUACCUUGUAUUUUAACUUUGUAUUAGAUUCAAAGUUGCAUCUAUGCCGCAGUUAUCUGUCAUGUCCAGCGUACCGCAAGUUCAGCCACAGUUAACCCGAGGGAAAAUUCGUACCUAUUUUGGCUCCAGCCAUUUAUUGCCUGAGUGUUAUACUAUUCAGAUAUAAUAUUAUCAGUGAUCAUGUCUGUACGGAAGAUGCUGAGAGCGAAGCUCGUUGUGCUGGGAAGAGAUAACUGUGGGAAGACAGCUCUGUGUGUCAGAUUCAUCACCCGGCGUUUUAUUGGAGAGUAUGAACAUAAAAGGGAGGUCACCUACAGGUGUCAGAAAAUCGUGGAGAAGGAGGCGAUUGAACUGGAGAUUUUAGACACUGUUAAUAAGGAGUGUGCAGGAGCUGCUGUGUCCUCACUGGAGAGUUCCAUUAAAUGGGGUGACGGGUUCCUCAUCAUGUACUCCGUGACGGAUCGCAGCAGUUUUGAGGCUGUGUCACGCCUGAAGAGACUGAUUGACCAUGUUAAACAAACGCUCGACAUUCCAACAGUCAUUGUUGCCAAUAAAUGUGACAUGGAGAACGGCCGAGUGGUGAGGACGGAAGAGGGACAGGUUUUAGCCUCGGACCUGAGGUGCAGUUUCUUUGAGCUGUCUGUAGCAGAGGACACCUCAGCAGUGGAGGCUGUGUUCGGGCAGCUGGUGUGUGAAGUGCGGCAGGAGUUUCAGCGACACCUGCUGGCUAUGGACAAGCGCUCACGGAUGCUGCAGAUGAGACAUGCGCUCAAAAACAAACUCACACGGAGUAAAACCAUGCAAUGGUGACAAGGACUAAAUGCAGUUCAGACCCGACAACUAUAGUGCUGUAUCCUGGCAUGACUACCUUUCAGAGAAGAACAAGUGCCGUUUGGGUGUCCAAAUACCAUCAUGGACGGUGUUAUCUGUAUGUUUAUGUCAGACAGCAUUAAGCAGCAAUGUGUUUUUUAAAGGGAUAGUUCACUUUGAAAUUC